GAGACUGACGUCAGCCCGGAGAAGAACAGGAUGGGGAAGGAAGGUGGGGGUAGACGACAGGUAAAGGUGAUCUGCCCUGUCGCGCUUCCUACUUAGGGAAGCAUACCGAUGAUCUGUUGACGCCUUUGUUUUUUCAAUUUUGAGCCCCUCUGUCCAAUCAAAGAAAUGGUGAAACAAGAGAAAGAGUUUGUCAACCGGCCUGACAACACCGCCUUCACUCAGCAGAGGCUUCCAGCAUGGCAGCCCAUGCUCUCUGCUGGCAUUAUCAUCCCAGGGUUUGUCCUCAUUGGCCUGGCUUUCAUCGGCAUUGGCGUUGCUCUCUUCGUCACUUCACAGAGCAUCCAAGUUUUAGAGGUAGACUACACUGGGGUGGAGCAAAGCUCCCCAUGUUUCAAGUGCUCUGACCCAGAUGUCAAGAACUGUGUGUGCAAAAUGGAGUUCAACAUUGACAGUCUCUUCAAGGGGCCCGUCUUCUUUUAUUAUGGCUUGUCCAACUACUUCCAGAACUACAGAGGAUAUGGUGUGUCUAAAGAUCCUAACCAGCUGUCUGGAGACCUGGAUUCUUUUAAGGUACCCAGUGAUAGCUGUGCUCCCUAUGAAUACGUUGGCAAGACACCAAUUGUACCAUGUGGAUCUGUAGCAAACAGCAUGUUCAAUGACUCCUUCAAGCUGUAUCAGAUUGUCAGUGGGGCAAAAAUACAGGUGACCUUAGAUGGAAAAGGGAUUGCUUGGUGGACCGACUACAACGUCAAAUACAGAAAUCCCUCUGUCACACCUCUAAAGAACGCUUUCAAUGGUACUGUAAAACCCACAUUUUGGUCCAAGCCUGCUUAUGAGUUGGACCCCACGGACCCAGCCAACAACGGCUUCAUCAACCAGGAUUUCCUGGUAUGGAUGAGGAGGGCAGCCCUGCCAAAUUUCAGAAAGCUGUAUCGACGAAUCACUGAGGGUGAUUAUGCAAAGGGUCUACCAGCUGGAAACUACUCUCUUGAGAUUGCCUACAACUAUCCUGUUCUGAGCUUUGAUGGCAGAAAGAAGGUGGUGCUCAGCAACGUGUCCUGGAUGGGUGGCAAGAAUGAAUUCCUGGGCAUUGCCUACCUCGUGAUUGGUUCAAUGUGUGUCGUCAUGUCCAUAGUCAUGCUCAUCGUCUAUGCCAAAUUCAAGUUCCCUGAGGAGGAAUGAUCGCCGGUCAUAGACUUCAGUUGAGUAGGGGUUUAUCUACUCAGUUUGCCUUUUUUGACCCUUUUUACUCAAUGAGACGAUGACAGGGAUAAAGGGGAGUUAAAUCUCACAUUAUUCCGGACAUUAAUGCAGAAGGAGCCUGUUCCUCCAUUGACUGCCAAAUUAGGAACUGGAGGAUUAUUUCCAUUUUGUACACGACUUGUCUGUAAGCACAUCUAUGGCUAAUGCAUAUCAAAUUCAUUCUAAUAAGCUUUAUACUUUUUCAUUCCUGCAUAAAGCCUCUAUCAUGAAUCCUAAUAGGUGAAGGUAGAAAGAGUGAAGGCAGAAUUGGAAAGCAUUGUAUGCAGGCUGACACUUGCUGACAAAUUGAGACAUUCUGUAUAUAUGAUCCUUUUUAAGUUAUCAAUUGAGCAUUUUCCGGUUAAAGCAGCUCAGUUUGUGCAACUUUAGUUUAUUAUUUUGCCAUACUUGGAUACGGCAGGGUGAUUUUAAGAAGUCUUGUACUGUAUUUCUAAAACUUGUUUUUUCAUCAUCGCAAAAUGAGCUGCCUCCUAAUUAUAGGUCAGUAAUAUUCUUAAAACUGUAAAUCAUUUGAUAAGCUAUUUGAUACAGGAAAUAAGUUACAUUUUACUGUUCAUGUGGGGGAUGUGUGAUGUAACUUGCAAAGUAAUGCUGUAAAAAUUGCUAUCUCAGGGAUAUGGUGUACAGGCUGUCCAGCUCAGUUUUAAAGUGUGACUAGUCUUUGUUUCUCAGAUUUUUACUCUUUGUGCUUAUAUUUAUUUAAUAAAAACUGCCGAAAAAACAUGUAACAUUC